CUCGUGUAUCUCAUCUUCCAUCUGAAACAUGCCCACUUCAACUUCUAUCCACAAUCAUCGUCAUCUUGAUGACCUCCUUCAAUCAGCUCGUCCUUUCCUCCGUGAAGAACUCGACUCGGUGGACAAAAACCUGCCACCCCUUUUGACCAUCUUGCGCUCCGCCGGAGCCGGCGAGUGCUGGCACCGCCUCGGAACCUUUCUUGACCACCUCUUCCAUGUCUACCGAGUCCUCAAGCUUUGGAAGGCACCAGAUUCCGUCUGCCUUUUUGGUCUCUUUCAUUCCGUUUACUCCAACUCCUAUCAUGAUCUUGCAAUCUUCAACCCCGUCACCGACCGGGAAAUCGUCCGCAGGCAUGUGGGUUCCGCCGCCGAGCGUUUGAUUCACUUGUUCUGCAUAGUACCUCGCCACCCUCUCAUUCAUGACGAUUUGGUGUUUCGUUAUACUGAUUCAGAGCUCCGGGAACAUCUUCAAGCUUCUGAAAGUUCUUUAAGGAACGUGAAAGAGGGUUUGAAUAAAGAAGAGUGCUGGAGGAAGAAGCUCCAGGAGAUCGUUCCGGCCACCGGAAUCAAGGUGCCCCACAUCAGAACCGGCGAACCGGUGGUUGUUCCAAGAAGGGUAGUCGCCGUUUUCCUUCUGAUGACCAUCGCCGAUUUCGCCGACCAAUACUACGGCUACCAAGACAUGUUGUACGACAACACCGACGGCCGACUCGAGUUCACCGGAAACACCAAUUUCGACACAUUAUGGCCGGGAAACGGCAAGCCAGGACUGUGGAUGAACUUGAUGUCAAGAAUGGCAGGUGUUUACACCUUGCUAGUAAGAGAAGAAGCCAUUUGCAUGGCGGAAAGAAUCAGCGACCGCCAUGAAAACGGCGAAGUUGCAGGUGGUGAAGACAUAGAACUCAUAAUCCCACCUGUUUUCGAAAGCUGCACGAAAAUUCUUGAUCCAAAUGAGCAGAUAAUGGCAAGAGACAUAUAUUGGGAAGCUGUUAACGACGAUGGGUGGAAGAAGGAGAAAGGGGAAGAGAUGCUGGUGAAGUGUAUAGAGAAGAACCCAUUUGUAGGGGAGCCACAUGUGUUGUUGAGCCAGUUCUAUUUGAGCAGAGGGAGGUUCGAAGAGGGAGAAAGAGAGGCCGAGAAGGGUUUAAGGGUCUUGUUGGAGUGGGGAUGCCCUUGGGAUAAAAGGGUUUCAUGGGAAGGUUGGGUUGCUUGGGGUAGGGUUUUGUUGAACAAGGCAAAGGAGAGGUGUUGGCCACAUACGUCAUGGGGAGUCAUCAGUUUAGGUCUUAUCAAAUAGAAUGGGUCUUAUCAAUUAAGUCACAGGGCUUAGUAUUGAGCAACUUGAUAGGGUUGCUUAACUACGUUGAUAGAACUUGUUAAUGUAACUUAUAAGACAUCGAUAAGUCUGUGUGAAGUGAAUAAAAGAAGCCUUUGUAUGACUUAAGAUUCGUUGUUUGAAAUAAUGAA